AUGGAGGCUGCCACGCAAAGCUUCGCGUCCCGGCGGCCAGCGGCCGGGACGCUACCUCACUUCACCCUGCCACUGCCUAACCCUGCGGUGGAUGUGCAGAUUCCAAGAGGCGUUCCCGGAAGCGACGGCUUGAGCCCGCUCUCGUCCGGAGUCAACAGCAGUAGCUCUCAGAGUUCACAGACUGGAAUCGCUCCAUAUAACCCUCAUGGGCACUGGUCACUUCCAGGAAGCCAGUCAUAUACAUACACUUCGAUGAACCAGCCAGGACCCGGCGGUCUGAUCCAACCCCCCUUCUCUCGCCACCAGGUCUUCUCGCCGGCAGGCGGUCCUUUUCACGCGCGGAACACGCAGUCUCCUUCCACCAGUGAGGCUCUGCAGCCACCACCGCCAUUCGGAGAUGUUCCCUCACCUGUUCCUGGUCCUAUCCAUGGAUCCGGUUCGGGCCACUCGGGCAUGAUGCACCACCAGUCCCAGCCGCAGCAUCAGACAAGCCACAUCCUCAGCUCCCAAUCGCAAACCGCUCAGCCACCUACGCCAACCACAACAGCGCCCUUGGACAGCCUCUCACGCUCUGGCCAGCAAGGCUACUAUUCGGGUCAUGCCUCAACGACCCCACAGCAAUCCUCCUUCCCACCAUUUCACAGCACUCACGCGUCGCCUCAGCAGCAUUCGCCUGCGACGACGAGCUCGAUCUCACGCGGAAUUCCCGCCAUGAGCACGGGUCAGCCAUCGCCCAUGUCAGCUCAAUCAUCUUAUAUGCCUCGGCCAUAUGCCCCUUAUGGCCAACUUCAGUCGCCCUUGGGUCCAGUCAUGAGCAAUAUGACAAAUCCCGGCGGCCAAAUGGCUCUUGUCGGCGGCAUGCCAUCUAUGCCUCAUGGAUAUGGACAACAUAUUGGACCGCAUCAUGGCAUGUAUGGCCAUGGCCAACCUCCACCUCAGCAAGACCGCCCCUUCAAGUGUGACACAUGCCCGCAAUCCUUCAACCGGAAUCACGAUUUAAAGAGACAUAAGCGGAUCCAUCUUGCGGUCAAGCCUUUCCCUUGCCUUCACUGUGAAAAGAGCUUUUCUCGCAAAGAUGCGCUAAAGCGACACCGAUUGGUCAAGGGUUGCGGCAACGGCAAGACAUCGCCUGACGGGCUGGAUGGCUCUCCACGGGAGGACUCAAAGUCCGAUGGCGAUAGUAACUCGAUACACGAUCUCAAGUCGGAGUCUUCUUGA